UCUGAAUUAAACAAAGAAUGGUGUGAUAUCUUAAGUUAUGGGCUAUGAAACAUCAUAAACAAUUCUAACAUAAACCUUUAGAAAAGAAAAAAAAAAAGAGGAAGCGGGAGUUCACCGGUAUUUGUCGUGUCCUUGUUUAUAUGGAAGCCAUAGCAGUUUCUCUGGCCGAAGCAGUCAUGUCCGGACUGAUCCGUUCGUUGUCGGACCUCAUCUCCUCCACCCACUUCAACAAAUUCGGACGCAAAGACAAGAUUUUAUCCGAGCUCAAGAAGUGGGAAAAGUUGCUGCUCAAAAUCAAUGCUUACCUUGAAGAUGCUGAAGAAAAGCAAAUCACAAGCAAAUCGGUCGAGUUUUGGCUCCGUGACUUACGGGACAUUGCGUAUGACGCCGAGGAUAUCGUCGACGAGCUCGCCUACGAAGCACAGCGCCGCCAAAUGAAGGAAGAUUCCGACCCCUCUUUCUCCUCUCGCAUGGUGAGGAAAUACAUCCCAACUUGCUUUCUUAUAUGUAAUCCUUCAAAUAUUAAGUUUAGCUUCAAAUUUGAGUCCAAGAUACAGAACUUAACUGCCAGAUUUGAAGAGGCUGUUUCAAUGAAGAAUAAUUUGGGUUUAGUUGAGAAUGGUAGAGGAAGGUAUGAUAUAGUGAAAGAGAAGCUAAGAAUCAGUAGUUCUCUUGUCGACGAGUCUCUUGUCUACGGUCGGGAAUCGGAUAAAUAUGCCGUUAUCGAUAUGCUGUUGAAUGAUAGCGAUGAUACCGGUAGUAUCGGUGUGGCCUGCAUUUGGGGUAUGGCAGGUGUGGGUAAAACCACUCUUGCUCAGUUGGUGUACAAUGAUAUCGAAGUCGAGAGCUUUUUCGAUUUGAAUGUCUGGGUUUGUGUCUCCGAGGACUUCGACGUUGUCCUGCUGACGAAGGCCUUGCUUCAGGCUGUUACUUUAGAGAGUUGCAGUGUAAAGAAACUGGAUUUACUCCAAGUUAGAUUAAAGGAGAAGCUGUGUGGGAAGAAAUUUUUUAUUGUUUUAGAUGAUGUGUGGAAUGAGAACUAUGAAAAAUGGGAGCUUCUAUGUCGGCCUUUCAUUGAAGGGGCAGCCGGAAGUAAAAUUCUUGUGACAGCUCGAAACGAAGAUGUUGUAUCGAUGAUGGCUACUUGUGGGACUCAUCAUCUGAGGGAACUCACAAACGAUGAUUGUCUCUCCCUGUUCGCUCGGCAUGCUCUUGGGGCUUCGGAUUUCGAAGGUCAUCCACGUCUUAAAGCAGUCGGUGAGGAAAUAGUAAAGAAGUGCAAAGGCUUGCCAUUGGCAGCUAAGAUCCUCGGAAGACUCCUUCGUACUAAAGGGAAACCUGAUGAGUGGGAAGACAUCAUGAAGAGCAAGAUUUGGGAUUUACCCGAAGCAAAAAGCGGCAUCCUUCCUGCUCUGAGAUUGAGCUACCAUGACCUUCCUUUCCAUCUCAAGCAUUGUUUUUCUUAUUGUGCUAUAUUCCCAAAGGAUUAUGAAUUCGACAAGGAAGAGUUGAUUCUGUUGUGGAUGGCAGAGGGUUUCUUGCACCCCACCGACCGAAAGAAGCAAAUGGAGGACAUAGGAGUUGAAUAUUUUCGUGAUUUAUCGUCGAGAUCCUUUUUCCAGCAGUCAAUCGGUAACAAAACUCGGUAUGUGAUGCAUGACCUCAUAAAUGACCUUGCUCAAUUUGUUUCCAGAGAAAUAUGCUUCAGUUUUGAAUUUCAUGGAGACAAGUUAAAUGAUCGAGUCGAACAGUUUCGGCAUUUUUCAUUCGUUCGUCACCAAUACGACACUUCAAAAAGAUUUGAAAUGUUGCAUCAAAUGGAAAGAUUAAGAACUCUGGUGGCAUUACCAGUUCAUAAAUUGCCAUGGGCAGCAGAAUCUUAUUUAAGCAAUAAUGUCUUACAAAAGUUGUUGCCAAGGUUAGUCUGCUUGAGAGUGUUGUGUCUGAGUGGUUAUUGCAUCGAUGAGCUACCGCAUCAUAUAGGCGGUUUGAUACACUUACGGUACCUGAAUUUAUCUCACACCAGAAUCAAAUCGUUGCCAGAUUCCGUGGGUUCUCUUUUCAACCUACAGUCAUUGAUAUUGCAUGGGUGCAACAACCUUUCCAAGUUGCCUCAAGCGAUUGAGAAUCUGAUUCAUCUUCAUGUUCUUGAUCUUACCGAUACUGAUAGUUUAACAGAGAUGCCAAUGCAGAUUGACAACCUGAAAAAGCUACAGAUUUUGUCCAAAUUCAUAGUGCAAAGGGGUAGCCGUUCUGUCAUCACAGAAUUGAAGGGCUUGUUGCAUUUGCGAAAGGACCUUUCCAUUCUUGGACUGGAAAAUGUGGUUGAUACUCGAGAUGCUAGUGCUUAUGUUCUGAAGGAUAAGCAGGGCCUUAAGAGGUUAGAUUUGCAAUGGAGUCAUGAAUCGCUUAAUCAUGGAAACGGUGACGACGGAAUACAUGUUUUCAACAUGCUACAACCUCAUCAAAACCUUGAAAGAGUUCGAGUUGCAUUUUAUCCUGGCACUAAGUUUCCAUCUUGGUUAGGAGGUUCCUCAUCGACUAAUAUUAUGGAUAUAAACCUCUCCAACUGUAGAAACGUUACGUCCCUUCCUGCACUUGGGAGACUACCCUCACUCAAGAAGUGUUUGAUAGAAGGCAUGAAUGGAGUCAAAAGAUUGGAUUUUGAGUUUUUUGGAUAUGGCUUACCUUCUUUAAAACCUUUCCCAGUUUUGGAAGUUCUUCAGUUCAAAAACAUGUUGAACUGGGAGGAUUGGGACUAUCCUAACAAAGCUAAUAAAGAAUAUGGGGAAUUCCCGAGUCUUCGUGAGCUUAUGAUUGAUAACUGUCCAAAGUUGCAUCGAGAAUUACCCGGAUACUUGCCUUCUCUGGUGAAACUUGCAAUCAAAGGAUGCCCCCAUGUGGCUUAUUCAGUUUCGAGCCUCCCAUCUCUUAUUGACCUUAGUAUUGAAGAUUGCAAUAAGAUGAUUCCAAGGAGCAUGGUCAACCUUCCGUCUCUAACUACACUGAGAAUCAAGAGUUUGUCGGACCUUACAUGUCUGGCCGAUGGGUUUGAACAGUUUCCCAGAGCACUUAAGCAUCUUAUCCUUUCCCAAUGCACCGGGUUGACAUCAUUGUGGCGGAAAGGAAAGGAAGAGCUGCAUCGCCUUGCGUCUCUUGAGCGUUUGUGUAUUGAAUCAUGCCCGAAACUUGUAUCCUUUCCCGAGACAGGUUUGUGGUUGACGCUUAGAUGUCUUUGGCUCAGAGGUUUUCCACUGCUUAAAGACCUGCCUUGUUGGAUAAUGAGGCACGGUGAACUUACUGGCUGUCUUCUUGAAGACUUGGAAAUCGAAGCAUGCCCUUUACUCAUAUGCUUUCCAAGAGGGAGGUUACCUCCCACAUUAAAAAGGUUAAGAAUACAAGAUUGCGUUCGCCUAAGUUCGCUACCCGAAGGACUGAUGCAGGCCAGUAACGACGCAAUUGUAUCUUGUCUCGAGCAUUUGGAGAUCAUUGGCUGUCAUUCUCUUGCUCGCUUUCCAGAAGGUAGAUUUCCAACUAGCCUUAAAAUGCUUAAGAUUUUGGAUUGCUCGGAGCUGGAGCCAUUUUCAGAUGAGAUGCUGCCUGAUAAUGCAUCACUCGAAUACAUUGAUAUCUGGAAAUGUUAUACUCUAAUAAACUUGCCAGAUUCUCUAAACAACCUUUCAUGUUUGAUGGAACUGAAAUUAAGCAGUUGUCGGGAUCUGAAAUACUUCCCAGAGACCGGUUUGUCCCUCCCAAACCUGAGAUCUUUGGACAUCAUCAGUUGUGUCAGCCUCAAGUCUCUACCUAAUCAGAUGCUAAAUCUCACUUCACUUCGGUAUUUAACGGUUUGCAACUGUCCAAUUGUGUGUUUUCCCAGAGGGGUUUUGCCUCCUAAUCUAUUGUCACUCGAGAUCUGGGAUUGUAAAGACCUCAAGGAACCGGUAUCGAGUUGGAACUUGCAUACGUUAACCUCACUUGAAGACUUGAGGAUUGCUGGUGUACAGGAGAUGGUUUCCUUUCCAGAUGAAGAUUGUCUACUUCCAACGACUCUAGUUUCGAUAUACAUCACGAAACUCCAUAAUCUAGAAUCCCUGUCCAAGGAGCUUCGAAAUCUGUCUUCGCUUGAAGAGCUAGAGGUCGUCAACUGUCCUAAGCUUCGGUACUUAGAAGGGUUGCCUGCAACACUUGGAAGACUUUGUAUUAGGAACUGCUCACGUCUAAAAGGCAAAUGCUCAAUUAAGAAAGGAGAAUAUUGGCCCAUGAUAGCUCCUAUUCCCUGCGUGGAGAUAGACCCUACAGAUUAGCGCGCUCCAGCAAUUUGGCUUAUGUUAGUCGAGGUUGCGAUCGAAUCUGCUCAUUAUUGAAGCCAUUGAUAGUGAAUUUGAGGACCAAGUUGGACUGCUGGUGCGUACUUGUUGCACAGAAAAGUUCAACCAGGUUUGUUUCCCAUAUUAUGGGCUCAAUUUAUGCCUAGGAGGAGUUGGACAAAUAGCAAUGUGUAAUUCGAUCCAUGUGAUCUCAUUGAUUAAAGGAAUAAUUGUUAUAUUUAGAGGUUUCGGAUUUGAGUAUAACGUCUGCAGGGGUGU